AUGCCUAAAGACCCUGGUGAACAUAAUGUCCACCAGGUGCGGGUCUCCACCUCCCCGUUAACCAGGGAGUCUCCCGCCACCCGAAGGGCAACACCCCCCGACCCUCAGCCAUCCACCAACUUCACAGGCCUUGACCCAACUCCCUCUCAGCCCACCGACCUCGACAUGGAAAUCUUAAGCCCAACCGACUCGCGCCCAGCAUCCCCCACAGCCCCGUCAUUGCCCAUCAUUAUGGACGAAGACUCCCAAAUUGGGGUCCUUUCCUCCCCAAUCUACAUAUCCUCCACUGAUCCUUUUGACCAGCAGAAUAACAUUGUCACUUCCUCACUUCACUCCAUUGCAGACUGGCUGGAAUCCAUCAAAUGGGACACUCUCUUCGGACACAACCCCUUGGAUGCCGCUACCCUGAACUUGAACCCCCUUGCCAGCGCAGCAACACGGGUUGUCCAGUACCUCAAUGCCGGUAUUGCUGGCAGGUCCGUCACAGUCCCCGAGCUCCAGACUCCCCCACCUACCAUCUCGCGGUCUCCGUCGAGACAGUCUGCCUCCACCAAUGAUGCGUUCAUCGACGAAAUCAUCAGGCUAAGAGAGGAGAACCCAGACCUCUCCGCAGACCCCACCGCACCUCCCUUCCAAGAGGCACCCGUUGUGCCGUCCAUGUUGUCUUCUCAGGGCCCAAGCCUGACCCCGCCCCAUGCCCUGCAGUUGUUAUACAGGCGGUCAACGCCAGACUACCCACCGAACGAAGCCCCGGAAGAACCGGAGAUCACCGCAGUCCGGUCAGCGCUUGGAACCCUUUUCCCGCACAUCCCACCAUCGUCCUAUUCUGUCGGAAAACAGCACAUUAUCUCUACGGUGAAGUUUCACUGCCUCCCCUCACCCACCCUGAUGGUUCCCCUAUCACAGUUGAACAAUACACCACAGAACUCAAGGCCUCCCCGGCAUGGCAAUCUGUGCAUAUUCUACGACCCCCCUGUCUGGUCCAAGAGAAGGACUCCCACGGUGAAGUGGUACACCUGGUCAAAUACCACAAGCAGUACUCCACGCCCCAAUGCACCGCCUGCUUCCGAUGGGGCCACCCCACCCUGCUUUGCCACUCCCCCACCCAUCGAUGUGCCCACUGCGCAGGCCUCCACUCAGUGCAAGACCACCGCCAGUGAGCUGAAUGCUGCCAUGGCGACAACCCCACCCCCGACAGCCUCCCGUGCCCCCAUCCCCCCUCAUGUGUCACCUGUAGCGCACCCCACAAUGCUACCGAUCGCUCCUGCCCAUUCUACCAAAACCGGCACAACGCCGCUUGGAUCGAGCAACACCAGCCAAACCCCCUGGAUCAACGCCAGUCUCACGACAGGCAUGAUGUACCGAGCAUGCGCAUGA